UCACAAUUACAGAUUGGCUGUUUUGGACAGCGGUGGGAUGAACCUUACUUUUUCUUCGUUCCAUCCUCCAAGAUUUUACCCACCUCUUACUUCCUUCCUUCCUCGUCUUCUUCCUCUCCUCCACCUCCUUCAUUUUCUUCUUCUUCUUCUGGUUAUUUCUCUCUCGUCGCCAUCUUGGGCUCUCUGUUCUGCAUCUCAGUAUUCAGCUUUGCAAUGGCCACGAGUCCCAGUUCAGAUGAUUCCAAAGAUCUUUCCUCAAAUACAAAUGGAGGAUUGCAAGAAAAAAGUUCACUGGUUGUUUGCUUUGGGGAACUGUUGAUUGACUUUGUGCCAACUGUGGGUGGAGUUUCACUCGCUGAAGCACCGGCUUUCAAAAAAGCUCCUGGCGGUGCUCCUGCUAAUGUUGCUGUUGGCAUAUCAAGAUUGGGAGGUUCAUCAGCUUUUGUUGGCAAGGUAGGCAAUGAUGAAUUUGGGUACAUGCUUGCUGACAUUUUGAAGCAAAACAAUGUCAACAGUGCUGGUCUUCGGUUUGACCCUAAUGCGAGGACUGCACUGGCAUUUGUUACCCUUAGAGCUGAUGGUGAACGUGAGUUCUUGUUUUUUCGUCACCCAAGUGCUGAUAUGCUGCUUCAAGAAUCAGAACUUGAUGUAAACCUUCUUAGGCAGGCAAGGAUAUUUCAUUAUGGUUCAAUUAGUUUGAUUGAGGAACCAUGUAGAUCAACUCAUAUAGCAGCAAUGAAGAUUGCCAAAGAUGCUGGUUGCCUGGUGUCUUAUGAUCCCAAUUUGAGACUGCCUUUAUGGCCAUCAGCAGAGGCUGCACGAAAAGGCAUAAUGAGCAUUUGGGACCAGGCUGAUAUUAUUAAGAUAAGUGAGGAUGAAAUUACAUUCCUAACUGGAGGUGAUGAUCCGUAUGAUGAUAAUGUGGUGCUAAAGAAGCUUUUCCAUCCCAAUCUUAAGCUUCUUCUUGUUACUGAAGGUUCAGAGGGUUGCAGAUAUUAUACUAAGAAAUUUUGGGGUAGGGUUGGUGGUGUUAAAGUCAAACCUGUUGACACAACUGGUGCUGGUGAUGCAUUCGUCAGUGGGAUAUUGAACAGUUUGGCCUCCGAUCCAAAUCUUUAUGAGGAUGAGGAGCGGUUAAGAGAAGCUCUACGUUUUGCAAAUGCCUGUGGCGCCCUUACAGUAACAGAAAGGGGAGCGAUUCCUGCACUACCCACGAAAGAGGCAGUCCUUCGGGUCUUAGCAAAAGUUACUGCAUGAUGAUGAAAUCAGAAACAUUCACCCAGCUCUGUGUAUUUUUUCCUGUAUUAAGAUAAUGCAACUUGUGCUUCUUGUCGAGUGUAUCGGUGAGGUGCUUGCUGCAAUAUUUUGGUUUUGCUUUCUGCAAAUCUGUAGUUCAUUUAAUUAACAGUCAACAAGGUUCUGUAACCCCCACCGUCUCUGGCUUGGGUUAUUUCAUUCCAGUGUUGUAUAUGUAAGGGAUCCUUGAGAAAUGAAGAGGCAAAUAAAUGGUUUUGUUGAAAGCA